AUGUCGUCAUCUCCGUUAGAGACGAUAGUGCCCGUCGCAAGUACGACAUCUGAUGGGUCGAGUCUAGACCUUGUCCCGAACUGUCGAUGUGUGAGUGACGUUUCGUCGACAAACGCAUACGAUUCGGCCAUUGAACAGGAAGAAGAAAACGUUGUGAACGGGGACGAGCAAGGUUCUUGUGGUUCGAUUGAGAUUGAAGACUGUGUGGAAAUUGAGACUGAGGUGACGGAAGCUAGUGAGACAACAGAAAGUUUGGGUGAAGAGGAAAAAACGACGGGUGAGGAGGGAAAGAACGAGAAGAUUGAGUGUAUAGAGGAGAUUGAGGAGGUUGAGUCAAAAGAGGAAAAGAAGGAGCAACAGCACGACUCAUUGGCACGUCCUGUUACUGUGAGGAGUGCAGAGUCACGAUCUAUUUCACGACGUCCAUUUGUCCCGUUGGCGUCCAAGAGUUGGCGUGUGCGAGCUAUGGAGUCCAACACACAGAUUACACGCCUUAUGAAGGUGGCGUUACUUCAAACGCUUUUGCACGCAAUCCGCAUUGGAUCGGUGGAAGGUGUCAAGGUUGCGAUUGAGCGUGGAGUACAAGUGCACUAUCUGGACAGUCGUCAGCGCAAUCUUGUAAUGCUGGCGUCCAAGUGCGACACAGAUGCUCGAUUACAUAUUGCAAUUAUUCUGCUAGACGCUGGAUGUGAUAUGAAUCACAAGGAUCAGCUUGGUUGGAGCUGUCUGCACUACGCAUGUGCAAGUGGAGCUAGUGAUGUAGCGGCAGAGCUCAUUCGUCGCGGUGCUCGCGUCGAGUUCAAUCCAUACGGCUAUGGCCCUGAAGAUUUUAACAUUCCUAAAGUGGCCCGUGCAAAAAGUCUGCUGCAACACACGGAACAGCUACAGCACGAGCAAAAUGUUUGUACUGCCUGGGCAUACUUUCGUCGUCAGGCUGAGAAGUCUAACUACAGUAUAAAGUGUAAAUCUAACUGCGAUCUUGGCAAGCCUCUGAAGAUCACGUUUCAAGCCCCUGUUGGUCACAGCCCUCUGGACCGUAUUCGCGUGGUGGACAUGAAUUCGGAUGUGGCCCUGUGGCUGCAAGUAUCCAAGACGUUCAGUAUUCCGCCUGGCGAUGUGGGCACGAUUACGUUAGAUGUCGAGGCGCUUGAUCGUCCGUCUCUGUAUCGUAUUGUGUACGAAAAAUAUGAGCCUACACAUAUUCAGCUACAAACCUUGCUUGCUGAAAGCAACUUGUGCGUCAGAAACCUAGACACGGGAACCACGAUGUCGAUGGGGAGCGUGAAUAAAUUGGUACUAAGGGAGCUCAAGAGCUCUCGAUCGUCUAAGAAGUCGAAGAAAUUAUCGAGUUCAGCCAGACCAGCACCCGAAUCGAACAACACUGCCAGCGUGGCUCGAAGAGGAUCGACAACUCGAGCACGAGAAAUCACCGAAAGCGAACGUGAAGCUACAGUGGAAGAAGACGACGAAGAAGAUGCUGAUACAGCUGAUAUAGCUGAUGAAACAAUUACAACGCAGGACGUUGCUGAGCACCCAGCGAUGACGAGCAUUACUGGUGUGUACAAGAUCGUGGCUAUGGGUGUUGUCAGUGUUUCGACGCUGAGAACGGCUAAGGCAAAUGAAUACGAAAUUUGUAUUUGUCACGAGGGUCCACUUGGUCUCCAGUUGGCACCAAAGAUUGAUAGCUUGAAACGAUCUCCGCGUCUUAUUGUGCGACGAAGCCAGGGCCAAACGGCAGCAGUGAACCCGGGUGAUUGCCUUGUUGCAAUCGGCAAUGCUAAUAUUGAGCAUGCUGGUCUCAAGCACACGCUGUGGGCACUGAACGAAACAAAACGGCCGCUUGUCCUUCGCUUCCGACGUGGGAAUGCCAAUGAGAAAAAGAGUCUGUUCAACACUGGUCUGUCAAAGCUUACAGGAUCUCGCACACAAGCCGUCAUUGCAGUGUAG